UCCCUGCUUCCCUCCUCCCUUCCCGGCCGGCAUGUUCAUUCCAUGCGACCGCGGCGGGGGCUCCGCCGUCCCGGACUUUAAAGGCUUCACUCUGCUCAUGCCAGCAGUGUCCGUGGGAAAUGUUGGUCAGCUGGCAAUAGAUCUGGUGAUUUCCACCCUUGACAUGACUAAAGUUGGUUACUUCUACACUGAUUGCCUGGUGCCAAUGGUUGGAAAUAACCCAUAUGCAACAGCAGAGGAAAACUCAACGGAGCUGAGUAUAAAUGCUGAAGUGUACUCCUUACCUUCAAAGAAACUUGUAGUUCUGCAGAUCAGGUCACCUUUUAUAAAGAACAAGUACAGGCCAUUCUGUGAAACUCUGCUUUCUUGGGUGAAGAGCAGCAAAUAUGCCAGGGUUGUCCUUCUGUCCAGCAGCCACGCCUACCAGCGUGAUGAUGAGCAGCUUCUGGGGACACCACUGCGCUACCUGCUCACCCCCGAUCUGGAGAAAGCAGUUGGAGGCCGCAUGAAGGAGCUAAACUGGAAAGAAAUGGAAAGAGUAGCAGCUUACCCUGGAAUAAGUGAUACAGACAAAGUUCUGCAUAUACCUGGUGGUGGCAUCACAAAACUAUUGUUUAAUGAGAGCUGUUCAGAGGGAAUCCAAAUGGCAGUUCUUCUGAAAUUUUGCUCAGAAGGAGACAACAUCCCUGAUGCAUUUGUUCUUGUUAACUAUCUUAAUGAAUGGCUCCAGCUAAUUAAAAGUGAACUGAGAACUGAGAGUGAUGUGUAGUCAUGGAUUUUCUUGGAAGAUAAAACUCUCCGCUUCCCCGUCAACUGUGGAUCCUAACAUUUUUUCCAAGACUUCCUGGUGAGGUAAGUGAAGGUCAGAAGUGAUCUGGUUUUGCUUUCUUUUACCAAUGCUGUUGUGGUAGCAUCAACUGGGGAGACUGCAAGCAAGGUAACAGCUGUUCUGUCUUUUCUGUCUGCACAGAGUGAUAGAAUGGUGGGGGUUGGAAGGGAUCCUGAAGGUCCUCUCCUUCCAACCCCAUUGCUGUAGGCAGGGACACAUUCUACUAGACCAGGCUGCUCAGAGCCCCAGCCAACCUAGUCUUAAACACUUCUAGGGAUGAGACAUCUAGAACUUUCCUGGGCAACUUGAGCCUGUGCCUCACCACUGAUUUCUUC